AUGAAGGAAAACGGAGACGAGAAUGGCAGAAAAGAUAUAGAUGGUGCGCAAGAAGAAAGUAAGCGACGUGGAGUAAGGGGCCCUGACAAUUAUGUCGUCGAUUCUAUUGAUUCACGCAGCAGGAAAGGCUUGUCCUCUUCUCCCAAAUCUAACACCUCUCAACCCUCCGAACGAAAACACAGAGAGUCGCCUUCAUUGCGAUCACCGAGGAACAACCCAUCUCGUCGAUUGAGAGAAAGCCAGGAACGAAGACGUAUGGAUUACAGGCUAGGGCAUGGUCGACAGAAUUACACAAUUCAGAGAGAUGAUUGGCGGAAGGAACCUCAGCGUUACAACAGCGGACGUCAUGGAGAGCGUCGCCAAAGAUAUCGUUGCGAAACGGACCGUUAUGGAAGAGAUUUUCAAAGAAGAGAUUAUCGCUACCAGCGUGAUGUUCGAGACCCUCACCGACUGCCUCACCGUGAUCGAGAACGAAGAUACUAUUCUCCUUCUAAUGGUUAUCGAAGGAGCCCAAUUGAUCAUCCCAGACGGAGUAAUUCUGAGACGUCUGGUCGAUUGGUUGACAAGCGUGAUUCUCGUAGUCGGUCGAGACCGAGGUCUAGAUCAAGGUCUAGAUCAAGGUCUAGAUCAAGGUCUAGAUCAAGGUCUAAUCAUAGGGACAGCCGUCAAAAUAUGUCGCGAAGCACGUCGUUCUCGUCAUCAUCUGGUUCUGUCUCAUCAUCUUCUAUUUCAAGCGAUGAAGGCGAACUUCUGACUGGCUAUGAUGAAUCAACUUUUUCGAAAGACCAGAGAACAGUGUUUGUCUCUCAGCUAGUGAUGCGUGCAACAGAGAAAGAUAUUCGCCGCUACUUUCGCCGAAAGGUUGGGUGCAUCGUAAGGGAAGUUAUCCUCUUGAGAGACAAGAGAACCAAGAUUCACAAAGGUGGUGCAUAUAUCGAAAUGGGAAGGAUUGAAGACGUGAACAAGGCCGUGGCAGUUUCGGGGACAGCUCCUGAUUUCCAAAGGUUUCCUUUACUCGUUAAGCUUUCCGAGGCCGAAAAGAAUUAUGUGGCGCCGGCCACAACAGGUAUCCAAACAGCUUCUAUGAUAGUCGCUUCUUCGAGCAGUGCACCAUCGCGAACAAGAGACGGCCGUGCAUUCGAGGCGCAGAAGGUUGAUGUUGGAGGCCUUGACGCCAGUGUUACUGAAGAGCACUUGUUCGCUCUGUUCUCGCAGUUCGGGCAGCUAGAAAAGGUGACGAUGCAGAUGGAUCCUGGCAGUCAAAAUCACAAAGGUUCUGCCUUUUUAUCUUUCAGAGAUCCAAAGGUUGCUAACCUUGCGAUUCACACUAUGGCAAAUAAAGUAAUCGCUGGUCAUCCUGUGAGGACUGGAUGGUCAAGCCAGCAAUCAUACUCGGUUGGAGUCGAAGUUGUAACGUCAGAAGAGUUCCCCGAAGACUCAGAAGCUCGGAGAGAAAGGGCGUUGGCAGUGCUGGAAAAGUUGACAGGCACUGUCAACAAUAGAAGUUCGGGUCAAUUAUCUGAUAGUCUUGUUCCAAACAGCGAAGCCAAUGCCAAACAAGUUGUUACAUUAUUACCAGGCUCAUCAAUUGGCGGUGUAAAGGGUUCUAUAGGUCCCAACAUCCUUGUACACAACAUGUUUGACAAAGAUUCCGAGACCGAAAAAGGCUGGGCAGAGGAACUGAGGGACGAAUUCUUGGAAGAGUGCUCCACGUUUGGCAAGAUAUUGGCCAUCACUGUCAUGUCCAAGGAAUCUGGCGGUAAAAUCUUUGCUAGCUUUGACUCUGUUGAGUCUGCAAAGCAAUGCGCACAGAAUCUGUCAGGGAGAUGGUUCGAUAAACGGCAAUUGCGAGUGGAGUAUGUGGAUUCAUCUCGUCUACCUGACAAGCACCUCAAUCAGUAG